AUGUCACCCUUCCAGCUACCACUCCCAGUGGUAUCACAAAUAUACAACGAGGCCCAAAGCUGCGUUCCUGAGCGUAUACAAUUGGCACCGUUACGUUUGGAUGCUUCCGAAUCCGAAUACAGAUCAAGUGUGCCGAUGCAACGGCAACACUCGAUCUCGUCCGCCACUGAUUCCGGUCUGUCGAGAUACUACGGGUCCUCAUCGGAAUCGCCAGCACAAACCCCAUGCAGCUCUCCACGACUGGGACGGUCCAACACCCUUAUCACUAGUAGAUUUCAUCCCUACUCGCCUUCGGCUGAGCCUUCAUUCAGAGGAGCUCGCUGCCCAUCUUGCCUAGAGCACGGGGAGCACGUGCCCAUUCAACUUGGGGAAGCGUGUACGAAGUGCAACACCAUCUUUGUUGAUCAGCGGUCAACCGGCAAGGUGACCCGCAAGAAGCGCAACGACCGCGUCCUGUAUUCGCGUCUGGCCACAGGGGGUGCCAAACCUCACGAGGCCAGGGCGAAAGACCAAGUCGAGGCAGGAAAUCGCCUGGACCAUACUACCCUGAUCGGCAGACUUCAACACUUGCUGGAGAGCUUCAACCCAGAUCUACCUACUCAAGCCCGCGUCGGCGACGGGCGUUUCAAACUUGGAUGGAAAGCUUUGAAUCCCAAUAAUACCAGCAAGGAUAUCCGGCAACCCUUGACAUGUAACAAGAGCGAGGUCUUCAUCUCGACCGAGCAAGCUAUGCGGGAUCUAUGGGCUACUCUUCAGAACAUCAUCGACUACAUGCCCGCAGGCGAUGCUCAGCGCAUCAGGGCCUCCUGCAGAUCGGUCGGUACGCACGACUUUCAGGUCCCAUUCAAGGCACAUUACAAGUUGUAG